AUGCAGCUGUGCAGUGGCACCGUGAGCGUGCACUGCCGCGAGGACGUCUGCCAAGAUGGCGAGUCCGUGCAGUUCAUGGCGGUCAACACCAGUGGCACCAUUUUGGCGGUGCUCACGCAGCUCCGUAUCCAGUUCUGGAGUGCGGGGCCUAAGGUGGUCUAUCUGACCUCACUCGCGGUGCCUGGCACCUCACUCGAAGAUAAUCCGGCCAUGUAUGCGCUGUGGCGUCAACGACCGGGUAACCACCUCGCCGUCGUUACCGCUCGCCAUGUUGUGUUUUUUGAGGCCGACAUCAACCUCAGGACGCCCGAUUUCCUCCAGGCGAUCGAGAGAAAUCGACACGUGGUGUACCUGCAGCACGUCGACUCGGCGUCGCGCGUGUGCUACUCGAGCGACGUGCCGCUCGUGACGGGACUCGUCACAUCCGCCGCCGCCGCCGGCCCCUACGCCUUCCUCGUGACAACCACGGCGGGUGUCGUCUACGUACUGGGGUGGCACCAGCAAGACAUUCUCCAUCAGUGGACCAUUGUUGGGCUGCAGGGAGGCGGCCACACCUUUCGGUGUGCCACAAAAGACGAAGCGUGCGACUUCAUGACUGCAGCAGGCUGCCCUGACGUGCUCGCCGCACCGGACAAGGCCCCGGGCAACUCGUCCCUGUCAUCACCGGCAGUGAGGUCGACCAAGCCGUUGACGUCGCCGCAGUCGCGCGUGGACCCCCUGCAGCGGCGGUACCGGCAAGACCUACCUGUAUCUUCUUCAGACGCUGUCGGUGACUCCACGACGAGCACAGCUGCAGCGGCGUCAGCACCCGCUGCCGUUCAGCCUCCGGGCACCGCCGUACGAGCCCAUGCGACGCAGUUCCGCUCGAACGACACCACCACGGCCUCGCCGCCGUUGCCAGACGGCGAGGCGACGAACACCGCGGCGCCACCCGAGAAGGACAAGGAUACAGAGGGGCUGGCUGCCGAUGCGCACAGCAUCUGUGCCAGUGCCACCAUGGGCACAAGACCGCAGAAGCCGUGGCAGCCAAGCUCCUUGCUGCCUUCCUCUUCGCCCACUGACUGCGCCGCCGCCCGCAGCAGUGCCGGGGCGGAGUUGUUGUCCGGCACCAUCCUGCACGCCUCCUUUGCCUCUCGCAUGAAGGUGCUGACCUUCGUCUUCAGUAGCGGCAGCGUGCUGCUGUGCCGGCCCUCCUGCGGCACGAACUUCACGCACCAGAAGGUUCAGCUGCAAGGUUUCGUGACGCCAAUCGUGUCUGCGUGCAUGGUGGCCAUCAACGUGCGCCACCUCCUGUUGGCGGUGUGCACCCAGGCGGGCGCGCUCUCGUGCCGGCGCAUCGAUAGCACGUCCUUGGCGGUGCAUCCAAGCCCUCUGUGGAAGGGCCUUCGCGGUGUCAGCGAUGCUGUCUCCAAGUAUUCUUGUGGCGUCCCGCCCGCCUCGCAGUCGCUUGGCUUGAUUGCCGGGAUGGAGUGGUCGCCGUCUGAGGAGCUGCUCUGUGUGGCCUUCUACAAGCACGGUAUCGCCCUCGUGCACUACAGUGGCGGUGUCGUUGCCCGCCACCUGUCGGGGCCCGCUAGCGCCACUCUCCUGCGCACUCCACCAGUGCCUCCGAUUGACUCUCAGUGGCCCCCUGAUGAUGCGGCGGCUCUGAUAGGCGAGAACGCGCAGGCGUCAUCGCUGCGCAACGAGCAGGAAAAGGAGGCAGUGCUUGGCUGCUCUGCCAUUUCGUGGAAGCCGGACGGAACGCGGCUGUGGAUGGCAGCCCCUCGCCAGCCGUGCUUCUUCUCGACACAACUGUCUCGUGUGCUGACCGUGGACACGGUCGGACCUACCAGCGGCAACCACACUCCGCUUGCCCUGCUCGCUGACAAUGCUCUUUACCUGGUCUCCGUGUCCGAGGCGACCGCUGCUCAGGGCGUGCGUGAGAUGGUGCUGCUACCGGACGACUAUCUGCGCGACCAGUACCCACUCUUGCACGGUGCUGUGUCGAGCGACGGGAGCUGGAUGACCUGCGCCGGCCGCCGCGGCCUCGUCCUCUUCAACCGGGAGCGCUACUCGUGGAAGCUGGCCUCGAAAGAGGAGGAGGAGUCGUUCAGCUGCGUAGCGGACCCCGUAUGGCUGCGCGACGUCGCCGUGGCAGUCCCGGCACUUCGGACCGACUCGAAAACCUUUGAGCUGAUUGUGUUUUCUACGUCGAGCGUGUCACCGUCGCACGCCUCGGCACGCGUGGCACUCGAUGGCAGACCGACUCAGCUUUCCUGCCUUCACCAGGAUCACAGAGGGGAGGGCUACGUGGUGGCCGUGGACUGUAACCAGAUGGUGCGCGUCUUCCGGUACGACGUCUUCACGGACGUUGCCACAGAACGGUCUUCAGCGACGCCGUACGUUGCCCUCACGCCGGUGCAGCAGCUGGCUCUCCCCAGCGAGCUCUCGAACCCUCUGAGAGUCAUUCCGGUGUGCCUGCGCGGCGAGGAGGGCGACCGCGAGUCACCGCAGCGCACUGAAGACCACAUGGAGCUGCGCCUGCUGCUGCACAAACGCAGCGACCACACCCUUGUCUGGGUCAGAGGGGAGCGAUGCGCGGCUGGCGAUGCUGGCUGCGGCUGCGCUUCAUCAGCUGGCAGCUGGCCGUCUCUCAACGCCGUCGUGGAGCCGGUGGACUUGGCGAACAGGUGUUUUGUGUUUCGGUGCUGGGUGGACCGCACAGCACCAACACGUGGGGCGGUGGUGCUGGCUCACGAGGAGGAACAAGGGCUCGUGAUGUACCAGCUGCACCUGUCCGGGCUCCGCCCAAACGCAACGGUGGCUCCUGUUGCUCACCGCAUGAAGGUGGCGGCGACGCGGGACUCGGAGCUGCUGCCGCUCUGCCCCUCCCCAUUUGACGGGUACAUGCUCUGCGUCGCGACGGACAUGUCGGCGCCGCGACCGAGCCGUCGACGCAGCGCCACCGGCGUAAUUGGCGGCGUAAGCCAAGCCAGCCCGCGACCGCAACUGGCGCUGCGCCCCAUCCUGUACGCCCACCGCAUCUUGUCGCUGCUGCUUCUGGCGGCGAUGCCGAGCAGCCCGGCGUCGCAUCGAGUUUCCAAUGCACCGGAGGCCAGCGCGUCUUUGCCCAGUCUUAUAUCAUCGGCACCGCCCAGGUUAGAGGGAUGUGCUACCGCUUCUGCAGCAAAUGCAUCCUCGACCUCAUCGUGCCGUGCUGCCGAGGUCGACGGCUGUGUUGCCACCUUUAUGUGGGACCGCAGCUUGUUCUACUGGCUGGAACACAUGCGGCUGAACGACACCUUCACGGCGGUGCUUGACUACUUCCUCCACACGGCGCUCAACGAGUCACCUCCGGCGGCAGUUCCAGGACUGGGCCGAUACAGCGCCGUGAGGGCCGCCAUCUCUCUCCUUCGCAACUACCCCGAGUUUUAUGCGAUCGUGGUAGGGUGCGUGCGCAAGAUCGACUUUGCGCGCUGGCACCUUGUGAUGGACUUCCUUGGAACGCCGACGGACCUGUUCCACGAGUGCGUCGCCCAUCACUGCUACGCGGAGGCUGUGCAUCUGGUUCGGGUGAUCAUGAUGGGGACCUACAAGCCAGCGGCGACGCUGCCUGUCGAUCGCACGGCCGAGUUGGGCAGCGGCGGCCGCUCCGGGAGCGACGUUACACGGCUGCAGCAGGCCAGCCAGUGUGCCGUGGAGCUCUUCGUUCUGUCCGUGGAAAACGGAAGUUACACCGCGGCCUACGAUAUCAUGCGCUUCAUGGCACUUCUGGAGGAGGAGAUUGGCAUGCCUGCCGCCGGCGGCCUCGACCUUCACGGCGGCAGUGGCGGUGGCGCAGGCGGGUCAGCGGCCUCUUCUGUCGACUUCUUGACGUGGUGGCUUCGGCAGCUCACGUUCAGCGGUUCUGCGCGCUACGAUGGAGAGGCGGCCGUGGAGGAGCCGUCUGGAAAGAAGAAAGCCUCGACCGGCGCAUCGAGCGGCGACGUCACGAAGACCCACUCGGUCGAGGGGUUCCCUGCCCUGGUGUUCGACGUCACCCGCUGCGACCCUGUGCAGAGCGGGCGCACGGCCGAGGAGGCGGCCGAGGAGACGCAGCGCCAGGCCGCCGUGCAUCACAUGUUUCGGCGGCAUGGUGCGCUGCCUGACGCGGUGCAUCGGGAAGCACUGCGGCUGCUGCGCACCGGGUACGUGACACAGCUAGCCAAGCUCAUGGAUACCUUUUCCUUCUCGGUCGCGGAGUUCCUGCAGGCUGUGCGCCCCGUCCUCGUCGAGGCUGCUGCGGCUGACACCAACGAUGCUGCGGAUGGAGGGGUCGGGUGCGACCGCGUCACGGCCUGCCUGCACGACAUCUUUGACGGCCUUCACAAAGAGCUCGGCUUGCCUCGCAGUUUUGCGGCGAACGUCAGCCCGACAGCGAGCACGACGUGGAGUGCAUGGCUAGUGGAGAAGCAGACGGCACAGGCUGCCGCGCUGCCUGGCGUGCUGAGUAGCACGAACCCGAAGGUGUGGACGGUGGUACAGUCCGCGCUGUACGCCUCGCCAAGUCUUCUCAGCUCCGUAGAGUCGCUGCACCAGCUCUUCGCCCCCGUCUUUGUUGACAAUUUGGCCUUUUGUGUGCUGCUGAUGCGCAAGUCGAACCUCAUUUCACUGCUUCUGUCGCAUGAGGCGCCAGCAUGUGCAUCCGCGGGGAGGCCGGAGCACGUCUCGACAGAUUCCAUGACGCAAAGCGGUGUUUCUCCAACAAAGCUCAUCGACGUUCUCGGACAGCUCGACGCGCUCUUGGCAGUGCCGGAGAACGCGGGGUACAGGCCUUUUCUGCAAGACAUCUUCACCUCACUGCCGCCCUCCGUCUUGCACGCCAUUGCGCCACCAGUGGCCUCUCGUGCUAGUGGUGUCGCCGCCGCCUCCCCUGAAGUUGAUGCAAAUUCGACCGGCGCGGCGGAGUAG